UGCAAAAGUAACCAUCAGAAGUUCUAGAAAAUGUGGAGCUUUUUCCAAGCCUUUUGUAACCACCCUGCCAGGAGAUUACGAAUCUGGCACAGAUCUCCAGCCCUGGGAACAUGGAGGAAUUCUUCAUCCUGUCCUUACAGAGCUGUGAUCUUCGAUAUGGGUGGGGUUCUGCUUCCUUCGCCAUACAGACUGGCAGCAGACUGGGAAGUUCAGAACCGUGUCCCUGCCGGCACCAUCAAACAGGCCUUAAUCUCGGGAGGGCAGAGCCGGCCCUGGAUGAGGUACAUGGCAGGGGAGCUGAGGCCGGCAGAGUUUCUGCGUGAGUUCGGACAGCAGUGCUCCGAGAUCGCAAAUUGCUCUGUCCCCGUGGACUCCUUCCUGUCCGAAUUAACCAGCGUCGGAAUGUCAGAGCAGCUCCCCGUUAUGACCACGGCGAUCGAAUGCAUUCGGGCUGAAGGGAUCAAGACUGCCGUCCUGAGUAACAAUUUCUAUUUACACAACGGCGAAAGCUUUCUGCCCCUAGACCGAAAGCAGUUUGAUGUGAUCAUUGAGUCUUGCCGGGAAGGGGUGUGUAAGCCGGACCCUCGUAUCUACAAAGCUUGCUUGGAGCGUUUGGGGGUUCAAGCCAAGGAGUCCAUCUUUCUGGAUGACCUCGGGCAGAACCUGAAAGCUGCUGGCCAGCUUGGCAUUAAAACAGUGAAGGUUGAUGACCCGGAAGCAGCGAUUCGGGAGCUAGAAGCCCACCUGGGCUUCCCCCUGCGGUCGUUUGUGCCGUACACGUGUCCUGUGGGGCCGAAGAUGGACAUUCCCAGAGCGCCUCUCCAGAAGUACCUUGAAAGCGUCUUAGGGGACCAGGCGAAAGGUCCUCUGGUGCUGCGGCAGUUCAGCCACGGCCAGUCCAACCCGACGUACUUCCUCGGCCUCGGGGAUCGCCACCUGGUCCUGAGGAAGAAGCCGCCGGGCAAGCUGCUGCCCUCCGCCCACGCGGUGGAAAGAGAGUACAGGGUUUUGAAGGCCCUUGCUGAGGCUGGCGUUCCGGUCCCUGAAGUCCUGGUCCUAUGCGAAGAUUCAAGCGUCAUCGGCACCCCGUUCUACCUAAUGGACCACUGCGCCGGCCGGAUCUUCAAGGAAGCCUCUCUUCCGGGACUGGAGCCUGGCCAGCGGAGGGAGAUUUACGCCGCCAUGAACAGGGUCCUUUGCCAGAUCCACAGUGUGGACCUCAAAGUGGCUGGCCUGGAGGAUUACGGGAAACAUGGUAACUACAUUCAGCGGCAAGUCCAGACCUGGAGCAAACAGUACCGGGCCUUGGAGACGCACACGAUCCCAGCCAUGGAGCGGCUCAUGGAAUGGCUGCCCUCCCACCUGCCGGCCAGCGAGCGUCUCUCUGUCGUGCACGGAGACUUCAGGCUGGACAACCUGAUCUUCCACCCAGAGAAGCCCGAGGUGGUCUCUGUCCUCGACUGGGAACUCUCCACCUUAGGCGACCCUCUUUCCGACGUGGCCUAUAACUGCCUGGUGUAUUAUCUGCCUUCUCAGUUUCCCAUCUUAAAAGGCUUGAGCGACUGUGACCUGGCCCAGCUGUCCAUCCCCACGGCGGAGGCCUACGUCCAGAUGUAUUGCCACCACCUGGGCAUCCCCCCCAUCGAGAACUGGAACUUCUACAUGGCCUUCUCCUUCUUUAGGCUGGCCGCCAUCCUGCAGGGGGUGUACAGGCGCUCGCUCACAGGCCAGGCCAGUUCGGCCAUUGCCGAAAUCAGUGAGAAGCAGGUGGAGUUCAUGGCGGACCAGGCCUGGAGCUUUGCCACCAAAGAAGGCUUCCGCCUCUUCAAGGGCCUUCCCACCACCAGGCCGCCCAGCAGGGCCUUCAGCACGUGGGCGGAUCCGAGGCGGCACCCGAGGAGGAGCUAUUCCGUGCGGGCUCCUGCUUCUGCAUCCCACCUGAUCGUCUCUCCAGACGGCCUGUCCAGCCGAGUGCAGGAGCUGCACCGGAGGCUGAAGCAGUUCCUGGAGGUCCACAUUUAUCCAGCCGAGCAACUCCUGCGGGACCACCAGGCUUCUCCGAGCAGGUGGACCCCCCACCCCCUCAUCGAAGAGUUCAAGGACAAAGCCAAGUCUGAGGGCCUCUGGAACCUUUUCCUGCCCCUGGAGAGUGACCCAGACGGGACAUAUGGCGCGGGCCUGACUAACGUGGAGUACGCCCACUUGUGUGAGCUGAUGGGGACGUCGCUCUAUGCCCCCGAGGUAUUCAACUGCUCAGCCCCAGACACCGGCAACAUGGAGGUGCUGGUGCGCUACGGCACAGCGGUGCAGAAGGAGCGCUGGCUGCAGCCCUUGCUGGACGGCGAGAUCCGCUCCUGCUUCGCGAUGACGGAGCCGCAGGUUGCUUCCUCUGAUGCCACCAACAUUGAGGCUUCCAUCACCAAGGAGAAAGACGCCUACAUCCUGAAUGGGCGCAAGUGGUGGAUUUCAGGCGCCCUGGAUCCUCGCUGCCGGCUCUGCGUCUUCAUGGGCAAGACCGACCCCGCGGCCCACCGGCACAAGCAGCAGUCGAUGGUGCUGGUCGCUAUGGAGUCUCCCGGGAUCACCGUUGUCCGGCCCCUCAGCGUCUACGGCUUGGAAGAUGCUCCAGCCGGCCACGGGGAGAUGGUCUUCGAGGACGUCCGCGUCCCCCCCGAGAAUCUCUUGCUGGGCCUUGGCCGCGGCUUCGAAAUCGCCCAGGGGCGGCUGGGCCCGGGAAGGAUCCACCACUGCAUGCGGCUGAUUGGCAUGGCGGAACGGGCGCUGGCCCUCAUGAAGGAGCGGGUGACGUCCCGGGUGGCCUUCGGAAAGCCUCUAGCGGAACAGGGCACCAUCCGGGCCGACGUGGCUGAGUCCCGGCUGGAGAUCGAGCAGGCCCGGCUCCUCGUCCUCAACGCGGCCCACCUCAUGGACACAGUGGGGAAUAAGGAAGCGGCUCUCGAGAUCGCCAUGAUCAAAGUGGCGGCGCCGAGGAUGGCAUUGCGGGUCAUCGACCGAGCGAUCCAGGCCUUUGGUGCAGCAGGACUCAGCAACGACCAGCCGCUGGCUCAGACCUUUGCCUGGGCGCGGGCCCUCCGCCUGGCUGACGGCCCCGACGAAGUCCACAAGGCCGCCAUCGCGAAAAUGGAACUCCAGCGCUAACCGGGUCGUGGCAGGAAGCAGCUCGGCAUCCUGACAGCUGACGUGGGGGGGAAAGGCCGUGCGGUUGGCCGUUUUGGGGACGGCGAGGCGAGGCGGAUCGACAUUGUGGGUGCUUGCAAAUUCAGCACCCGAGCUGAUUUUUCUGGGCCGCUGCGACUAAUACUGUGCACAGCUGAUUACGGGUGGAAGAAAACCCAAAGUGUGCCAGGCUGGACAAGUGGCUAGUGCAGGACACAGCCGCUGGGUAGAAAUCCAGACAAGAAUCCUAGGCAGGUGAAGCUCUUUCCGGAACUCCCGGAGAUCCGUGAGUGCUGGGGACAUCUUGACUUUGCUGGUUGCGAAGUCAGGGCUGGGGCGUCGUAAUGAGCUACCCCCCCCCCCAUGACCUUUGAGGAAUCUCUACUCCUCUCUGAAAAGGCCUUGAGCAAUCCUGAUGGUGGGUAGAGAAAGGGGGAGAAGACAAGGUCAAGCCCGCUCAUGGACUCUGGCAGAGGGAAUUCCCCACCCAGCCUGCCCGGCUGUAAUUAUGGCUUUGCUAUGUUUUUGGGGGUGAGAGUGGCACUUUGAUACUCUUACUGUAAUUCACUGAGGGAUUAAAUAGAAGGGAAAUCAAUGGUUCAUGGAAGGAAAGGAGCAAAACAGUGAUUCUGAAGGGUCAUACAGAACGGUUGCUUAAGAAGCAGAAUAAACACAUUGCAAUUCUCCCUUCGUUCUGUGGAAUGCAACUGCACAACCUCAAACCAGUCUUGCGUGUCCAGAAUCUGAUACCUGGGGCAGGUGUGGGUGGGUGUUGGAUGUGGUUCUAGGUUUCUAUGCCAUUAGCCUGUUCUUCCCCAGGCUGCUGAUCGUGGGGAUAAAGACGACACGUGGGUUCCAAACCACACAGAACUACAGUCAAUGGUAGUGAAAUUAAAAGCGCAUUUCAAUUCA